AUGGCAAGAUGGCUCUUAGCUCUAGCAGAAUAUGAUAUCACUUGUGUUACUCCCAAGGCUAUUAAGAGCCAAGCACUUGUAGACUUACUGGCCCAGUUCCCAUCUGGUGAACAUGAACCUGUUGAGGUAUCCCUACCAGGUAAAGUCCAUGUAUCAACAGCUGCAGUUGAAACUUAUUGGGACUUAAAAUUUGAUGGAGCCUGUGGAGCUGGGAAAGGUCUUAUAGCGCAGCAGUCCAAAGGCUACAGAUGGAUUCUUGCAGCAACUGAAGUUAGCACCAAGUGGGUAGAGACUAUACCAAUAAGGAAGGUAGAUGGGGCAGGAGUAGCCAACUUCAUCAGAGAGAACAUAAUCUGCAUGUUUGGCAUACCCAAAGUGACGUCGUCUGACAAUGGAACUCCUUUUGUAAAUCGCCAUAUGGGAAGACUACUGGAUGCCUACCAAAUUAAGCAUCACAAGUCUAGUCUAUACUAUCCCCAAGGGAACGGACAAGCUGAGGCGACCAGCAAAACCCUCAUCCGAAUACUAAGUAAGAUGAUGGAUGAAGUAGAAGUUGAGUUGGCAGUACCCUCAGCAAAAAUGGCUAUGUCAGUACACUUAGUUCCAGAUAGCAGGAACAAUUACAUAGAGGCAGCUGAAGAAAAAAAAGAUCGGACCUCACAGGCUAUGGAAAAGUAUCAUCAAUCCAUAGCUCGCGCAUACAAUCAAUCUGUUCAACACAGAAAAUUCAAGGAAAGGGACUUAGUAUGGAAAACAGUGGAUGCGAUCAUGCGGGGGCAACCAAUUCCCAAGUUCUCACCCAGAUGGGAAGGGCCCUAUAAAGUUGCUAAGGCAAACAGCAGCAGAUACUACAAGUUGACAAAAGUAGAUGAUGGAUUCAAAAUUGGUCAUGUUAACGCUAAAUAUGUCAAAGAAUAUUUUCCCUAG